GGUAAUAAGACAAUAUAAAUAUAUUAAACACUCACGUGACUUAAUUAACCAAUAGCGGCCUAGGAAUCUUGCAGACGAUUUGAAUUUCGUUCAACGACUUUUUGAAACUUUAACUUUGUUUUAUUCAUUAUUAAUUGUCAAGUUUUUACUUGAUUGUUUGUAGUUCUGUCAUCUUAGGACGUCAGUACUUCAUAACAAGAUGUCACGCCACAACAUUUAUUAUUCUGAUAAAUAUUAUGAUGAUCAAUAUGAAUACAGGCAUGUGAUGUUACCAAAAGAUCUUGCAAAGAUGGUACAAAAAUCUCAUCUCAUGUCAGAAACUGAGUGGCGUAGUCUUGGUGUUCAACAGAGUCAAGGUUGGGUGCAUUAUAUGAUUCAUGAACCAGAACCUCACAUUCUGUUGUUCAGAAGACCUCUACAAGGCCCUCCUCCAAGUCAAGAAGAACAAUUUCAAGAUGACUAGGUUGUAUGAAACUGUUGUAAAGAUGAACAUUUAACAAAUACCUGUAUUAUAUUGUAAAAAUAAUGUAUAUUGAAAUAAGCACAAUUAUAUUACAUUAUCAUAUAUAUAUUUUCCACAAAACAUGAAGUAAUUUGUUAGUGUAUAUUAUUUCCAUUCAAACAUAUUUUGUUUAAAAAUGAACUUGUAGAACAAGAGUUUCAUAAAUGAUUUUUUUAUAACAAACUCAAGAUGGUUAUCUGUAAUAUGUAUUUAUUGUUAAAAUAAAAAAAAAUU